ACCAGGAGAUGACUCAGCUGAUGGAGGAGCUGGAGCAGAGCACCUCUGCCCUGGGAGCCCUGCUCUUGGCUGCCUUGCAGCACUGGCUGUUCUGGGUGGUCGCUGGAGUCCUAGUGCUGCUCCUUGGGCUCUGCUGGUGGCUGAGGAAAAGGAGCCGUCAGCCAGAGAGCGGCUGUAAAGAGGAGACCACCUCCUGCGGCAGCCGAGAGGACGAGGAAGAAGCAGGCGAAGGAGAGGACUCUGAUGAUGAGGGGCGUCUGGUCAGGACUUUUGCAAAGCGCGUCCAUGGGGCAAUGAAGAGCGUGGCCUACAAGCGCCAGGUGGCGGAAGAUCUGGUGAGCAACCUCCUUGGCGUCUUCCAAGCGCGCUUGGCCAACAGUUUCUUCCCGGUGCUGGAGCCAGCCAUCGGGGUGGGCAGCGCCUUUGAAGGUUGGGAUCCCCGGGGGCAUGAUGCGGUCUACCGCCUGCUUGUGCCCCUGAAGCCUCCCCGUGGGCACACGUUCCAUCUGGAGCAGGCCUCUGCGGAGAAGAUGCUGGCAAAGAACUGCAUCCGUGUUCAGCUGGAAUGCACCUGCAUGAGGGGCCAAGGUGUGGAGAACAUGCUCUGCUUCGUGCACCAGCCCGAGGAGGCGCUGAGGACAAAUCAGGAUUCCAACCUCCUAAACGACCUCUGCAGCAGCGCUGCACGUCCAGGCUUCUACCUGGACGUGCAGAAAAUUGCCCACUGGUUCCAGACCUUGGUGAGCUCAGCCUGGGGGGAGAUGGCUCAGUGGCAUCACUACAGCAUGAAGGUGCUGCCUUCCCGCCGCUCCUGCAAGCUGCAGCUGACCAAUGCCUGCGGGAGAUCCCUCUUGGUGGAGCUGAUGUUCGGGGUGCAGCAAGGCGACUCGGACAUCUUCCUGAGCAGCCAGGUUGCAGAGCACCCCGGCUGCUUCAUCCCGGGCACAACGUGGGCAGAGAGCUAUGCCGUGGCCGAGGCCAAGUUCUUCAGGCACGUGGCCAAGCAGGCCCCGCAGGACACCUUCCACCUCACAUGCCUGCAGCUCUGCGCCGGCAUCCUGGAGAGCACAAGCUUUUCCACCGGCACCUUGAAGACCGUUGGGAUGCACCUCCUCAACACUCUGCCCCCGGCAAGCUGGACAAGGAGGGAAUUCGUCUCGCGGAUGCAGGAUAUCAUGUGGGACCUGCGCAAGUGCUUGGAGGAGAAACGCCUCGACCACUUCUUCCUUGGCAAUGAGAACAUGCCCGAGGACAUCGCCUUGCCCCCAGCCUUCCAGGCGGCUGAGCCCCUCAACCUCUUCCAGUGCCUGGUGCAGGAUCCAGCUGCCCACGCCAAGGCACUGCGUGAGCUUGAGGAAGUGCAAGCUCAGCUCAGAAGACUGCUCUUCUAUGGAGUCUGAAAGAGGUCUUCAUGGACAGAGCCGUGCCUGUGUCCCCUCGGCUGCCCCGCGUCUUCAAGAGAGUCCACUCCUUCUGGGACUUUCACUCUGUACAUAGUUGUCAAUAAACUUGGUUUGUUUGAACAAAAGUUGCACCUCUGAGUGUGCGUGCAUCAGAUUUUGGGGGAACACUGGCAUUGGGUGCUGACUGCUCAGCUGCCCCAGAGCCGGGGAGCGUUUAGACCACUUCUAACCAUGCACAGAGACCGUCUGUCCCUCAGAGCAAUGUUUGAAGGAUGAGGAGCACAGGUGGUGUUCUCCUCUACGUUCCCAGUCAGAGAAGGGGCUCAGCAAGGGGGAGACAAACUGAGCAGGUGAAUGCCUGGCUGCACAGCUGCUACUCAAGGUUUUGGCUUCUGUGACCAUGGAUCGACCUUGGAGAAGCCGGGUCUGCUGGGAGCUGA